AUGAAAAAUAAUAUUUACUUACUUCAAGCACAACAAAGCCCAAUAAUGUGGACGGUAAGUAGUUUGCGCAGCUGUGGGCGACUGCCCUUACAGCAACUGACUAGAAAUGCCAACUAUUUUACGUCGAACUCUAGGUACCCAUUGAGGUCUAGUCUUGGAGCGAGACUUGUGCUGUACACUGCCGCGGUGUUUGGUGGUGGGAUUGCUGGUCUGUAUUUGAUGAACUCGAGAUCAGCAAUUCACGAAUACCUGUUCUGCCCUUUGUUAAGACUUUUGACACCAGAUGCCGAAACAGGCCAUAGAAUGGGAAUAUUUUUCUUGAAGCAUGGAUUAGUUCCCAGACAACUUUUCGAUGAAGAUGACGAUAUUCUGCGCGUCAAUGUCUUUGGAACCCAGUUGAAUAAUCCAAUUGGAUGUGCUGCUGGACUUGACAAAGAUGGUGAAGCCAUUGACGGCAUUUUAAAAAGUGGGUUUGCUUAUCACGAAAUUGGAUCUAUCACACCUUUACCGCAGCCAGGAAAUCCUCAACCGAGGUUUUUCCGUCUGCCACAGGACGAAGCGGUUAUAAACAGGUACGGGUUCAAUUCUAGUGGUCAUGAGAAAGUGUUUUCCACUGUUAUGGACCGUGUUUCCAACUACAUCAAUUCCUAUUUCAAAGGAGACGAUAUCUCAAAUCUUUCUCUUCACAAUGGGAAGCUAUUGGCUAUCAAUCUCGGCAAAAAUAAGAAAGGCGAUGAAGUGGAGGAUUAUUUGAAAGGUGUGGUCAGAUUUCAUUCCGUGGCUGACGUUCUAGUGGUGAAUGUCUCCUCGCCCAACACUCCUGGUCUCAGAGACUUGCAAAAUGAAUCAAAACUUACCCAUCUAUUAACCCAAGUGGUCAAUAAAAGAAAUUCGCUUGUCAAAAAAGGGAAUGCUUUGGGCUCAAAAUCUCAUAAACCUCCUGUUUUGGUUAAAAUUGCACCAGAUUUAACGGAUCCCGAACUUGAGUCUAUUGCCGAAGCUGCCAAGAAAUCGAAAGUGGAUGGUAUUAUUGUAUCAAAUACUACCAUUAAACGUCCUAAAACCCUUAUUACUGCUGAUAUAGAUUUGAAGAAUCAAGCAGGCGGGCUUUCUGGUAAGCCUUUGAAGCCUCUUGCUUUAAAGGCUUUAAAAUGUAUUGCUAAACACACUAAAGACUCGGAUUUAAUCUUGGUCGGUUGCGGUGGAAUUACUUCCGGUAAAGACGCCAUCGAAUUUGGCAAAGCCGGCGCUACUUUCAUUGAGUUGUACACUGCUUUUGCCUAUAAGGGACCCGGUUUGGUGGCCAAAAUCAAGGAUGAGAUCACUGAAGAGCUCAAGAAAGAGAAUAAAACCUGGAUGGAUAUUAUCGGCGAAGGCAACAAAUGA